AUGCGGAGUCUAGAGCCAGCCUGCUUGAAUCCUGGCUCUACCAUUCUUACCUGCGCGUAUGGGAAAGGAAAUUACUGGACCCUGGAUCCAAACUGUGAGAAGAUGUUUGACAACGGGAACUUCCGUCGGAAGCGAAAGCGCCGCUCUGAGGCCAGCAGCAGCUCCACGGUGGCUGCAGGGACAUCAAAAUCAGAAGAAGGUCUCUCCUCAGGAUUAGGGUCGGGAGUGGGUGGGAAGUCAGAAGGAGACGGCCCCUCUGCUUUGCUAAGGCCUUCCCAGUCCCCAGAGCCUCCUGAGGGCACCAAGAGUACUGUCUCCUCUCCAGGAGGACCCAUGCUCAACUCCACCCCUUGCCUCAACACCUUCUUCAGCAGCCUCAGCACCUUAAGUGUCAGCAGCAGUGGGAGCACCCAGCGAGCUCUCCCUGGAGGCCACCACCUCCCUGGGAUCCAGGGGGCCCAGCUGCCCGCCAGCAGCACGUUUUCCCCCAGCUCCAUCUCGGAAGCCUCACCAGACACCUUGCAGCUGAGUAACAGCACCAGCAAUGGCAGCAGCCAAAGAUCUUCCUAUUAUAGCCCUUUCCCUGCCAGCACCAGCGGGGGUCAAAGCACCCCCUUCAGCCCCCCUUUCUACAACUUCAGCAUGGUCAACAGCCUCAUCUACCCCCGGGAGGGCUCUGAGGUAUAGAGCGCUACUUCUCAGACUUGAACAUGCACACCUGAGAUCUUGUUAAAAUGCAGAUUCCAAGGCAGUAGGGCUGGGAUGGGAACUGAGGUUCCGCAUUUCUCUGGGGCUCCCAGGUGACCUUAUGGUCCAUUGACCACGCUAGGAGUAGCCUGGGUAUAGUGGAUAACUCUUUGUACAACCCAGCAAGCCUUUACAGGUUUCUCUGGAUAAGGAUCUCCCUGGAGAGAAAUCCACCCCACUCUGUUUUAGGAUAGUACCUGAGGACAGAGACCAUGUCUGUUUUGUUCAUCACCGUAUGUCAGGGUUACAAGCUCAAAUGUGUACACAGGCUAGCUAAACAAACAACUGAAAGAAGUUAUUGGGUAGGAAAAAGAUAGCAAUUGGCAACUGAGCAAUAGGGAGUGGUUGGGACUGACCAGCUGAAGGCGGUUGUGGAUGGCUAGUUAUCUGCUGCCUGGCACCAUUCUGAUUUUCCUGGAAAAGUCAGAUAUCUGUAUUUUUAUAGGAAACCUCCACUUGAAUUCUUUGUCACUAAUUAAAGUUUUAAAAAUGCUGUACUAGGAAAUCCCACAAUCCUUGAGCUAUAUCCAGCUCAUGAAUCACCUCCGCUUAAUACUUAGUGUCUGGUACAUGGUAGAUACUAAUAGCAAUAAAACUACCCGAGCAAGCACCUGUGUGUCAGGUGCUGUUCUAGACACUUGACUCACAACGUUGGGAGAUAGGUCUUAUUACAAGCCCUCAUUUUCAUCUGAGGGCAGUGAAACUCUAAGAUGUUAGGUAACUCACCUAAGGCCAUACAUUUAGUAAGUAAGUCAUGGAGCCAGGAUCAGGUCUAGGCAUUCUGGCUCUAGAGCUGGUGCUUGUAACUUUGUGUUCUAGUUCUUGAAAAAUAAAGGUGCCAGCAAUCAUAGGCAAACAUAGUAUAUAGAGGGUAGGAAUGAGCUAGAUCACAUUUGACCAAAGAUUCUGGUGGAAAUAAAUAAUGCUUGAGAUGUUCCCCUGAGCAGCGAGGACAGACACCACUUCCACUGCCAUGUUCCUAAGGCCUGGGGCGACCACAGUCCUAGCUAAUUUGGUGUCCUGUCCCUUUUAGCAUGUGUCCUGAAUUUCAUAUUUUCAAAAACAAAGCAUUAGAAUUUUAUUAAAAGUAGUUUUAAAUGGAAUUUUUAUAGACUUUUAAUAAACCAUUUGUGGUAAGAUUUUUUAAAAACGUAAUUUAUUUUUAGCAGUUUUUUUUGCUGCUCGAGAGGUGUCUUCAUUUGAAUAAUUUUUAUGGUCACCCUCCCAGUGUCCAGCAGAGUGGCUGGCCUUGUACAUAGCAGACAUUCAGUCACUGCUUGAACUUAAUCCCAAAAGUGUUAGCUGAUUUUAUUGGAAUAGCGUUGCAUUAAGGUGAAGAUAAUGUCCUAUGAAUUGCCUUUGUACCAUGUUGUUGGUUUGGGGUUUUAACUUUUUUAAAAAAAGAAACAAAGAGUAUCAUUGUAAAAAAAAUUUAAGUUUUCCCUGUAUAUUCUUUUUUGAGACUCUUAGAGCAUUACUCAAAAUUUUAUUUUGAAAUAACUUACAAAAAAUUAUUUUCUAAAAUAGUUUAUUGAGGUGUAAGUAACAUCACCAUUAUGUUUAACUAUGAUAUACAGGCAUACUUUGUUUUAUUGCACUUCACAGAAGUUACCAUUUUUUACAAAUUGAAGGCAAGACCCUCCACCAGCAAAAAGAUGACUUGCUGUAUUGUGCUGCUCACUUUAUGGCGAUGGUCUGGACCCAAACCUGCAAUAUCUCUGUGGUAUACCUGUAGCAAGACAACCAAAGAUACUACCUACCCCCAUCCUGUGUGUACAAAAAAACAG